AUAAACUGGUAACACUCACCAUUAGUGCCUGUCGGAUAAUCUGUCAAAACUUAAACUGUCAUUCAUUUUAGUGAAACGGCUAGCGAAAUGUCUGAUUGUGCCGGUGAUAAUUCAAAACCACGAGUUGUGGUUUUAGGAGGGUGCGGUUUCAUCGGCCGGAACCUUGUGGAAUACUUGAUAUCCAAUGACCUGGUGAGCGGGUUGCGCGUCGUGGACAAAACUCCGCCACAACUGGCCUUCCUGAACCCAACACAUAGCAAGAUCUUCGAGGACCCCCGUAUAGAAUAUAAAAGCGCGAAUCUAAUUAAUGCCACAUCAUGUGCGUCAGCGCUGGAUCCUGGAGACGGAGCCGUUUGGGGCCUGGUGGUGAACUGCGCUGGAGAGACCAGGGUGGGGCAGACGGAGGCGGUGUACUCCGAGGGCAUCUACACCCUGAGCGUGAACGUAGCCCGGCAGUGCGCCAAGCUGAAGGUGGAUAGACUGGUCGAGAUCUCCAGCGGACAGAUGCAUAGUAGCGAUAAGCCACAAAAAGAAGACUGCGCAGUAGAGCCAUGGACCACUGAAGCCAAGAUGAAGAGUAAAGUAGAGAAGGAGCUGAAGAACAUGAGUGGAGAGCUGAACUACACCAUCAUCCGACCCGCCAUCGUGUACGGCGUCGGAGACCGAAGGAGUUUAACGCCCCGUCUCCUGUACGGUGGUAUCUACAAGCACCUUAACGAAACAAUGAAGCUCCUAUGGACGGCAGACUUGAAGAUGAACACGGUCCAUGUGAGGGACGUCUGCCGGGCGGUGUGGACCCUGGGCAGGCACCCGGAAGCCAACAAGCAGGUGUACAACGCGGUGGACGAUGCCAACAGCACCCAGGGCGCCUUGGCCGAGCUCGUCUCCGAUAUAUUCAAGAUACAACACGAUUACUACGGAACUGCUAUUUCUACGCUCGCUAAGACGGACAUAGCGUCAGUGGCGGAGGAAGCCAACGACAAGCACCUGACGGCGUGGGCGGAGCUGUGCAGCAAGUACGGGCUGCAGCACACGCCGCUGGAGCCCAGCGCCGGACACGAGCUGCUGCUCAACAAGCAGCUCUGUCUCGACGGCAGGAAGCUGCGCGGUCUGUUACCGCUCGAUGUACCCGCGCCUACUGCUGAUAAACUCAAGGAGGUACUGGAAGACUACGCUUCCAUGAAUCUAUUCCCGAAGGAGCUGCUCCUAUGACGGAACAAGUGAACCACCGCCAGCCAUUUUUAUACGUACUCUAUAAAAUUAAAUGCACCAUUACGUUACAGCUUGCAUCGAUUUGUUUCGCGAUAUUUGGUCACAAAGUAGAGUAGAUUGUAUUAGCGUUAGAAUAAGUCUGUACUGAGGGAUUUUCCAGUAGAAAUUGAUGUUAUUUGAUGAUUCCUUUCCACCGUAAAUGUUUACUAUCUUGCAAGCAGAGGCGGGUUAUACCUAUAUAGAGUGGACUAGGCAAGCACCUCCCAGGCACCUCUAAGUUUUUGGUGCCUUCGCCACUCUAUAGGCAGUUGGGCGCCCCUCCGUAACGUGGCGCCCUAGGCACUAAGAGUCUUACACUCAAUCUCGCCUCGCCCAAGGCGGGAGAAGUCAUUGGAUGAUGUUCCCCCUUAAAAAGAGGCACUUGCCUAGUUUCCCUUAGGUAUAAUACGUCUCUGAAGUAAUAUCUGUUAGAGAUGGUAUUCAAUGUUUAGUAUUCAGUGUAUGAAUGUCAAUAGGCAUUAGACCUUUCUCCCGCCCCCUGUGGUCGACCAACUAUCGCUUUCACACAUCUGUCUUCGUAACUAUAAGCAUUAUUUUGAUUCAUAAUUUUAAUGCAACACUGUGAUAACAAGUGAGAAGUUUUGAGAUCAAAAAAUUAAUCCCAAAAGUAUUUUUUAUAAAAAAAUGUGACAAUAAAAAACUUUUUAAAAAGACAUUUUUGAAUAACCAUAGUCUAUUUAGUAAGGAAUCGAAGACUGUGUAUACCAAAAAGCAAUGCUCUCAUUUUGCUUUUUAAUAUUUCCUUUUUAAAUACGUAUCUUCGAAAUUCAGCAUUUAUUCCAUCCAAUGUGAAUUGAAAUAGUUGUAACUUAGGUACGAGUGAAGCUCAAUUUUAGUACUUAAAAGUAUUCAUUUUUAUUCAAAUAUGGUGCGAAAAUGUUUAGUUUUUUACUGUAUUCGUUGUACUCUUAUAAUAAUUUACAGAUUACAUUAUUUUGAUACACUACCUUAAGGCAUUUAGGCGUUACCUUUUUAAUUAAGAAAGUUAAGUAAGAGCAGUUUGUCAGUACAUCUCAGAUUUUAUUUUUUAGUAAUGCUAUACGGCCUUAUUGGUAUGAUAGUCUCCCUUCGUGAUAAAUAAGACGAGUUUACGAGUCUCGCUCAAAAGACAAGAAGUACUUAAUAACCUACAUGCAUGAAAAUGGCUUUGAAUAGAAGCCUUGCGAUAGUUUUAAACCGAAAUAAAAAUAAAGAUUUUUUACAACGUAAAGACAAUAUUUAAUUAUGUUUUACGGUUUGCUCUCGUAAGUGUUUGAAGUAACUCGACUAGUUUCGAGCCACACUGGAGACUCACACUCGUCAGAGUUACAUGAAUAAGCCGUAAAACUUAUAAUUAAUGUAAUAUUUCUCACGAAAUAUAUACUUAAUACAAUACAAAAAACACAGUAGUUGCCGUAUUUUCAAAAGAUUCCUGUAUACCCCCGCUUUUGAAUGUGCUUAAGUCCCGAAACAAGGUUUCUAUGUAUAUUGCGUUAGAUAAUCGUAGUGUAAGACAUUUUAAUGUGUAAGCUGAAAUCGUGAAGGCCUAUAAUCGCAGGUGACUUGAAAUUAUUAUAUUGAGAUAUUUUUUUCUUUAGGCUAAGUUCGGGAUUGUCGCGUGUUGGUUCGGACGACUAUAAUAAUGUUUUAGUUUUAAAAUACGUAUUUUUUUAUAGUUAGUGCUAGGCUCAUGUGCAAUAAAGAGUAUAAAAAUGUUGUUUCAAGUUGCAUAUUAAAAUUAUUACUGUACAUUUUUUGUGAUCCAUCGAGUGUUUUAUACGUCGGUGCAAGUACCAUAAAAUGUAAUUAUGUACAAUAACUGUUGUAAACCUUUCUAAAAUAAAAAUACAUACUUACCUACUUAUAUUAUUUGAUGCUCGAUUCCUUUCAAGCCAUACCGGGGUUCAUAAUCAAGAGCUGUGUAUGUAAUAAUAUCCAAAAGUACAUUGAUAUAUGAUAAUAAAUUAGUUACAUAGUUUAUAAUUAAGAUUUUUUUCACAGUCUCGAUAAUAAAGUCGUUCGAAUCAAAUGCGUGGCAAUUCUUUAUCUGAACCAACCCUUAGUCAUUACAUAGUCAAGUUGCUAUAAGUAAUUUUGAGUAUUUUUUAAAAAACUUUGGGUGUCAUGAAUGUAAUAAAUGCUUGUCAAUAAAUGUGUAAUGUUUAUUUUUAUUAGUCUCGAUGAAUCGUGUAUUCCUAUUGCUUAGCAUUUUAUUCGAUUAAUGUAAGUUUUGUUUAGAAGAGCUUUGUAUUUUACGUUCUACAUGUAUCGUCAAUUGUGUAAUAAAUACUUUAUAUGUA